AUGCUGCUUGACGUCGACUACUUCAACGACGACGCGACUCAUUCGCCGAAGGAAUUUCGGCGCCGGUUUAAGAUGAACAAGGAGCUGUUCUUGAAGAUUGUCUAUGGCGUCAGCGAGUACGAUGACUACUUCAUGGCCAAGCAAGAUUGCACAGGUUUGUGGGGCUUCACCUCAAUUCAGAAGUGCACUGCUGCAAUGCGCUGUCUUACAUACAGAGCUCUUCCAGAUACAGCCAACGACUACCUACGGAUGACAGAGUCGACAUGUACAGAGACUCUCUACAAGUUUUGCCAAGCCAUCAUAACGGUGUUUUCUAAAGACUAUUUGAGACCACUAAGGGCAGAUGAUAUAGCUCGGAUCCUGCAAAAAAAUGCAGCAAGAGGGUUUUCUGAGAUUCUCAGAAGCAUUGACUAUAUGCAUUGGGGCUGGAAGAAUUGCUCUUUUGCUUGGCAGGGGAUCUACAAGGGCAUACUGCGCUCUCCGGUGUUUGCCAGGCUAGCUGAGGGACAAGCUCCUGACGUGAACUUUGAGGCAAACGGUCACGAAUAUAACAAGGGGUACUAUCUAGCUGAUGAUAUCUACCCAAGGUAUGCUACAUUUGUGAAGACAAUUCAGUCUCCAGCAAAUGAGAUGAACGCUUAUUUUGCAACAUGGCAGGAAGCAGCACACAAGAAUGUUGAGCGUUCUUUUGGGGUGCUUCAGCAGCGUUUCGCGUUUAUCAGCUCACGCAACCGCUCGCUCGCUCCCUCCCUCCCCGCACUGCCACCACACUCCGCCGCCGCCGUCCCGCCCGAGCCCCGCAUCCCGGAGGUAGCGUAG